CAUCAGUCCGCGCAGGCAUUGUUGAAAGCGAACUGCAAACGGUGGAUGUUGACGGGAUUUUCAGAGAAACUUCGGUGAAGAAACUUGGUCUGCCAGGUGAAGAACAGCUCCACACCUGUGGAACAGGUGUGUCACUCUCCUCCAGACCUCCAGGACUGGCAUCCUGCUGCUGAUUACCUGCACCAGCUGUUUGUGAACCAUGGCUGCCAGCUCCACGUCUAAAGAGCGUCAAACAUCCAGGAACAGCUUUAUCCCAGAACUGCAGAGCAUGAUGUUUGCUCUGGGCGACGCUCGCCGGCCCCAGCACGACACGGCUGCACUGGUGGAGGAUAUUGUGCACACGCAGCUCAUUACCAUGCUUCAUCAGGCGUGUGAGGGGGCGACACUCCGGGGGUCCAGGGUCAUUUCAGCUGAGGACAUCCUGUUUCUCAUGAGGAGAGACAAGAGAAAAAUGGCUCGAUUGCUGAAAUAUCUUCAGUUUCGAGAUUACAAGUCCAAGCUGCUGAAAAGUUUAGAAGAAGAAGAAUUGCUGCAAGAUGCAGGACCUGCAGCUGUCGGCAGUAACCAGAGGAGGCAGCGUUUGGCCCACGACUUCCUGGCAUGGAUGGAUCAAACCGGAGAGCUGCUGUCUUUAGCGGAGCGGCAAGAAACAGACCCGGUCAAACAGGAGAGGAUGGAGCGUCUGGAGCGUCAGACUCGGAACAUGGACCCGGCUCAGUACACCGAUUUCUGUGAGAGCCGUCAGCUCAGCUUUGCUAAGAAAGCCUCAAAGUUUCGAGACUGGCUGGACUGCAGCAGCCUGGAACUGAAGCCCAACAGCAUCGCCAUGGAGGUGCUCUCAUACCUGGCUUAUGAGACGGUCGCACAGAUUGUGGAUUUGUCUCUUUUGGUGAAGCAAGAAAUGACAUGCAAGACCAAUCCUGUCAGUCAUGUGAUCUCUGCCAGCUAUAUCCACUACAGCACACACGCUGAGGUGAAGAAGGAUCCCGACUCCCCUGAGGCCACGCCCCCCUCCACCCCAGGAUCCCUGCACUCUUCAAAGCCCCUCCUGCAAGGCAACGGCAGCAUAGACACCCGAGCACGGCAAAGGAAACGCAAAAAGAGUGCCCCCGUCUCAGUGGAGCCCCCCAGCGGCGCUAUCCAGCCCUGUCACAUCCGAGAGGCCAUCAGGAGAUACAGCUACAGACACACAAGCGCCUACAGGAGGAAUGGGAUGGCUUUCCUCACCUGCUGACUUCAACACCUGCAUCUUUUUGGAUUUUUCUUUGUUUAAUAAAAACUCUUAGCAGA